AUGACAGUUUCCUAUGCCUCUGAGGUGGCCCAGUGUAGGGGAUUUGGUUGUUUUCCAAAACUUUUACUCAGAUGGCGUGCCAGCAUCUAUAAACUUAUAUGGUUGGAUUUGUUCAUAUACCUAAGCAUUUACUAUGCUCUCAAUUUCACCUAUCGUUUCUAUUUGAACGAGUCACACAAACAAAUUUUUGAAACAAUUGUCGUAUACUGCUAUAGCAGUAUAUCACUGAUACCUCUAAUGUUUGUAUUGGGAUUCUAUGUGUCCGUCAUUGUGAAACGUUGGUGGGAGCAAUAUAUGACUCUACCCUGGCCAGACAAUACGGCUGUCUACGUCUCAUCACUCAUAAGGGGUCAGGAUGAAAAUGGCCGCAAAAUGCGCCGCACAAUAAUGCGCUAUGUAUGCCUGAGCCUUACCAUGGUCCUGACUAGGAUAUCUCCACGCGUCAAAAAACGUUUCCCAACCCUGGAUUAUUUAGUCGAUGCUGGUCUCUUAGUCGAAAAUGAAAAGCAAAUUUUAAAAUCGUUGAAUGAAAAGUUUGCCAAGCAUCCGAAGCACUGGAUGCCCAUCGUUUGGGCUUCAGCCAUUGUGACGAGGGCACGUAAAGAGGGCCGGAUACGUGACGAUUCCUCGUUGAAAACUUUGAUAGAUGCUUUGAAUGGUUUCCGAGAGAAGUGCAUGGUGUUGACAUUCUAUGACACCAUGAGUAUUCCAUUGGUUUACACUCAGGUGGUGACCAUAGCGGUAUACACGUUCUUUUUGGCCUCGGUUUUCGGACGCCAAUGGACGGGACAAACAGAUCCCGAUGGAAUAAUGAAUAUUGUGGACUAUUUCUUUCCAAUUUUUACGGUGCUGGAAUUUAUGUUCUUCAUGGGUUGGUUAAAGGUGGCCGAGUCACUUAUAUGUCCUUUUGGCGAAGACGACGAUGAUUUUGAGUUGAAUUGGUUAAUUGAUCGCAAUUUGCAAGUAUCCUAUCUUAUUGUGGACGAAAUGCACAAUGAACACCCCGAACUUUUGAAAGAUCAAUAUUGGCAACGUUUUUAUCAAGCCCACAGCGAAGAUCCGCCUCUACAUUCUACAGCAAAAUCCAACAGCAACAUAGCUUCACGGAGUACCUUGGGCACAGACAAACUGAUAAUCCACAAUGAAGAAAUGGAAGAAGUAGAGGGGGCUACGGAAACAAAACCCAGUAGUAUUGAAUGUAGAUUUUCAACUUCGAGUACAAACGACAAUUCCGAUGAUUUUGAAAAUCUAAAAGCCCAGAGAACCCUGGAAAGGCUUCAAAGGCAACAUCUGAUGCUAACCAUACCAACGUCCAGAAUAUCGGAGACUGAUAAAAUUCCACUCAUAUCUACGUCAAACGAAUCUUCCCAACUAUCAACACAAGAUGACGGCAAUGCCAAGGAUAAAUCUGGCGAAACAAAAAAGAACAUUUGA